UCCUCAGGAUAGCAUGUAUCUCCAGUAUUGUAAAGUCUGCCAAGCAUACAAGGCACCUCGCUCACACCAUUGCAGGAAGUGUAACAGAUGUAUAAUGAAGAUGGACCACCACUGUCCCUGGAUCAACAACUGCUGUGGUCACCAGAACCAUGCUUCGUUCACACUGUUCCUCCUGCUAGUGCCUCUGGGCUGCAUCCAUGCUGCUUUUAUUUUUGUGAUGACUAUGUACACACAGCUUUAUAAUCGGCUCUCCUUUGGGUGGAACACAGUCAAGAUUGACAUGAGUGCAGCUCGGAGAGAUCCUCUUCCCAUUGUUCCCUUCGGAUUGGCUGCAUUUGCUGCCACCUUGUUUGCCUUGGGAUUAGCACUGGGGACCACCAUCGCUGUUGGGAUGUUGUUUUUCAUACAGAUAAAAAUUAUUCUCAGAAACAAAACUUCUAUUGAAUCAUGGAUUGAAGAGAAGGCUAAAGAUCGCAUUCAGUAUUACCAACUAGAUGAAGUCUUUGUUUUUCCUUAUGACAUGGGAAGUAAAUGGAAGAACUUUAAACAGGUAUUUACAUGGUCAGGAGUCCCUGAAGGAGAUGGACUGGAGUGGCCAGUAAGAGAAGGCUGUGACCAGUAUAGCCUAACAAGAGAGCAGUUGAAGCAAAAAGCAGACAAGAGAGUCCGAAGUGUUCGCUAUAAAGUCAUAGAAGAUUAUAGUGGUGCCUGUUGUCCUUUGAAUAGAGGAAUCAAAACCUUCUUCACAAGCCCCUGCACAGAGGAGCCUAGGAUACAGCUGCAGAAAGGGGAACUCAUUUUAGCAACAAGAGGAUUAAGAUACUGGUUGUAUGGAGACAAAAUUCUCGAUGAUUCCUUCAUAGAAGGUACUUCAAGAAUAAGAGGGUGGUUCCCUAGAAACUGUGUGGAAAAGUGUCCCUGUGAUGGAGAAUCAGAUCCAGCCCCAGAGGGUGAGAAGAAGAACAGAUAGCUACUGUUAAUGUGAGAUCAUUAAGUCUUCAUUACUUGAAAAAUCACACAUAUUACCCAAGAAUUAUGCAACAAGCCUAUUUUGCUUAAGGUAUUCUUUUCCUCAAAGAUGCUCUAGUGCCAUGGUUUAAAUAUCUUGAUUACCAUUGAAACAGAAGCCACUCUGCAUAUGCCUUUGAAUUCCUGCCAUGUUUCCACUUCUUCCUACUGAAGGAAAGUCGUUCCAGCCAACUGAGCAAAUUGCACUUUCUCUAGGGUUUCUGUGUGCUGCACACCUGACUUCACCUGCAGAUCUAGUUCCCCUUAGCCAGGGUUACCUGCAUGUGGUUGUUCUGUUUCUUCCUCAAUUGACAUUUCUUUCAUAAUCUAGAGUCUAUAAAACUUGUCAGAUUCAAUAUAAACUCAAAUUUUGUUACUUUUAAUAAUGCAGAUUUUGUCAAAUCCAAUAAAGGUCAAUGGAUGUUCUGUAAAAAUUAUA